CCCUCCCUCUAGUGAAAGCAUUUUAACUUUUAGACACAUAUGAAUAUCGACAGUCACAUGACAAGUGUCUCAAAGUGCGUCUUUUCAUCGAUACCCCCCCACAGCACCUCAUCAGCGGUGGUAACGGCUCGCUGCGUCCCAGGACGUCGCUUUAUUCCAGUGCAGGUGGAGACAUGGAGCUGUACUGUUGGGGAGACGGCUCUAGCGGACAGCUGGGGCCCCAGGGAGCCCUCAGCCCGCGGCCCUGGACGGUUCCCGGGGUCCUGAGCAGCGUCUGCGGCGGGGAGGCGCACACCUUAUUCCUCACCAGGGAUGGCGACGUUUUAUCAUGUGGAGACAACGCAAAGGGACAACUCGGACGGAAAGCUAGGGAUAAGAAGACACCAGGCCGCGUGGACGCGUUGCGCAGUGUGGUGAUGCUGGCGUGUGGUCAGGACCACUGUCUGGCCGUGAGCACGUCUGGAGACGUUUUCUCCUGGGGCGCAGGCGACGAGGGACAACUGGGGCUGCAAAACCUGCAAAACUGCAUCAGACCCAGUCAGGUGCAGACGCCGCUGCCAGUACCGGUGAUUCACGUUGCCUGUGGAAGGAGCCAUUCACUGGCUCUGACUCAAGGAGGAGACGUGUUCUCCUGGGGUUUGAACAGCCACGGGCAGCUGGGUCUGGGGAAGGACGUGCCGCUCCAGGCCGGCGCCGCCCUGGUCCUGUCCCUGUCCGGCGUACCCGUGACGCAGAUUGCAGCCGGAGCGGCCCACUCCCUGUUCCUCACGCUCUCGGGCCUGGUGUACUGCUGCGGGGCCAAUAAAGAGGGCCAGCUGGGGCUCAACAGGGUGGACGAGAAAGGAAGGUUCAAUAUCUGCUUGGUUCCUGCCCUCAGGCCUCUGGGUGUCUCCUUCAUAAGCUGUGGAGAGGCUCAUUCUGCUGUCUUAACACAGGAUGGCAGGGUUUUCACCUUUGGUGAGGGCGGCCACGGUCAGCUGGGUCACAACUCGAAGGAUAAGGAAGUGAGACCCCGAGUGGUUGACGGUCUGGGUGGUCCUGCCUCGCAGGUUGCAUGUGGCAGGCGUCACACUCUGGUUUUGGGCUCCUCUGGUCAGCUUUGGGCUUUUGGAAGCGGGGUCAAAGGUCAGAUUGGAACUGGACGAUCGGAGGACAGUCUGACUCCCUCUCUGGUUCAGCUUCCCUGGACCGCGGACGGUGCAGCGUCUAUUCCCAGAGAUUUGAAAAUAUCAGCUGGCUGGAAUACGAACUUCAUUUACUCCUCACCUCCACAGAACGUGGCUCAAGGACGGAUAAGUGGGCGGCUUAGUGACGCUACCCUGCAGAGGUGGUUGUCUCUUGAACGUGGCAGUAAAGAGGCCAAGAGAGAACUCUCUUCAAUGUUUCUGACAAGUUCAAGUCUUGUUGCCAGUUUUACAAAAAACAAUGAGGGUCCCUUAGGAGCAGGAGCCUCUACUGUGGACGUAGAAGCUGCUAGCGAGGCCUUCGAGCAGCUGCUGGCAAAGCCAUGGAUCAAAGAAACAGUUAAAAACAUCCUUCAUGUCCAUUUAGACAUCCUGAUUAAUGUGCUUUGCGAUUCGGGACCAGUCCUGAAAUCUCCGGAGAUCUUCCUGAUUCUGCUCACGUGUCCUCUUCUUCAAGAGGACUCUAACGUCAUGAACGUCUCAUUGACGUUGGCCGUCAUCAUCGCACGUUUGCCAGAGAAGACUCUGGAAACAUUAAGAGGGUGGUGGGCUUCUCUGACUCCUCCCAUUCUGCUGAAGCACAUCAUGGUCUUUAAGACGGCCCUCGUCUUCAUGCUACGAAAUGGCCUCUUGAAAACGCACAACCCAGGAGUGAAAUACCUGCUGGAGGUCCUCAAGCUCCUCUACAAAGCAAACAAAAUUGGAAAGUCCUUCAAAGUCCCUUUGAGCACAUUUUAUGUGGAGGAAGUGGGCCGUGCUGUGCAGCCAAUGGAGGACGUGGCGCUUUGGUGUGCUCUUUCUAAAGAGGAGGAUCACGACAGAACACCUGUCAUAUUCUGCCGCUACCCCUUUGUGUUCAAUCUGGUUUGCAAAGUGGCUGUGUUUAAUAUCUUCGCCUACAUAACGAAGAACGUGCACCAGUGCAUCCAUCAGCUGAGUGUGGCGUGGCCCCAUGAGUCGCUGGUCAAUGCCUCAGGCUCUGCGCCCGUCUUCCAGCUGACUCUGAGACGCACUCACCUGGUGGAGGACACCUUGAUGCAGCUCGCCGCAGCAGACCACUGCGCCUUCCAACGGGAGCUUUUGGUGCAGUUUGUGGACAACAGGACGGUGAUGAAUGUCAACAAAAAGGACUUGUUCCUCCACGUGUUUGAUGAGCUCCUAGAUCCAGAGGGUGAGAUGUUCAUGUAUAACGAGACCAAGAGCCUGGCCUGGUUUCCUCCCAAGCCAAAGGUGGAGGUGAAGACCUACUUCCUGUUUGGCGUUCUGUGUGGCCUGGCUCUGUACAACCACACCAUCGUCCGCCUGCCCUUCCCCUGUGUUCUCUACAAGAAGCUGCUCAGGGUCAAACCCACACUGGACGACAUGAAGGAGUUUGAACCUGUCGUGGCAGAGUGUUGGCGGUGCAUGUUGGAGGACUAUUCUGCGGAUGACAUCGCAGACAUGGAGACAACGUUCACUGUGAGCUGGGGCGGAGAGAACGUUGAGCUUGAUCCAAAGGAACCUGGGAAACCUGUGACGGGGUCAAACAGGAGGGAGUUUGUAGAUGCGUUCGUCAACCAUGUCUUUAACAAAUCGGUGGAGGGAGUGUUCGAAGAAUUCAAGAGAGGGUUUUUCAAAGUCUGUGACGUCAAUGUGGUCGACCUCUUCCAGCCUGAAGAACUGCAGUCCGUGAUGGUGGGACAUGAAACCUACAACUGGGACGUCUUCAAGCAGAACACGCUUUAUAAGGGAGAAUACCACGCGGAGCAUCCCAAUAUCAUUACGUUCUGGGAGGUGUUCGAGGAGCUGACAGCAGAAGAGAAGAAAAAGUUUCUUUUGUUCCUCACAGGCUCCGACCGUGUGCCUUUCCUGGGUAUGGAGAGCAUCAGCAUGACAGUCGCUGUCCUGCCUGAGUCCACCGAACUCCAUCUGCCCGAGUCCCUCACCUGUCAUCUUCUGCUGUUACUACCCAUUUACCAGAGAUACCCGGUCAACACCACGAUGCGCAACAGGCUGCGUCAGGCCAUUAAUCACAGCAAAGGCUUCCAGAAGAAAGAUGGUUCCGUAUACUGAAAGUUUGCCGUCAUCCUUUGAUUCUUCCUACUACAUUAGGAUUAGCAGAAAUAAAGCAUUGCCAUUUAGUGUAGUCAUGUAGUGACUGCUACACUACAUGGCUUUGGUCAUUUAGUUCAUAUUGUGAUAUUCUUAGCAUUAUGUAUUCUCAGUUCAGCUUAUCUAUGCUUAAAACAUUAAUUUUAUUAAACAUUAUUAAAAAUUACAUUUGUGUGAUUAAUAACAUCAACAAUGUAAACCAUUGAGUGAACAUUACUUUUGUUGUGUAACUAAACUCAAUAAAUGUUCUUCUCUGAA